AUGGCACAAGUUAAAAUGCAGACUACAGCAAACCUCUCUGGACCCACCAUGGCCCCUGUGGUGCUACCCCUGCCAGUUACAGCUACAAAUACACUGAGUCUGCCGUCCUCAAUGAAUGGAUCCAUUUCAGAAUCAGCUGCCAGUUGUAGCAGUCCUACUACCAGCCUUGUGGAUCCUGUGUCUUUGAACAGCUCCCCAGCUCCUCUCCAAGAUAACAUGGCAAACCCCAAAGAGAAAACUCCAAUGUGUCUGGUAAAUGAGUUAGCCCGUUUCAAUAGAAUUCAACCCCAGUAUAAGCUUCUGAAUGAAAGAGGGCCUGCUCAUGCCAAGAUGUUCACAGUGCAGCUGGCUCUUGGAGAACAGACAUGGGAAGCUGAAGGAAGCAGUAUUAAAAAGGCCCAACAUGCUGCUGCUAGCAAGGCAUUGAAUGAAACUACCCUUCCCAAACCAACGCCUAGACCACCCAAAAACAAUGUAAACAAUAACCCAGGCAGUAUAACACCAACUGUGGAGCUGAAUGGUCUGGCGAUGAAAAGAGGAGAGCCUGCCAUCUACAGGCCAUUGGAUCCAAAGCCAAUUCCCAAUUACAGAGCAAAUUAUAAUUUCCGGGGCAUGUACAAUCAGAGGUAUCACUGCCCAGUGCCUAAAAUUUUCUAUGUCCAGUUAACUGUUGGAAACAGUGAAUUUUUUGGUGAAGGAAAGACUCGUCAAGCUGCUAGACAUAAUGCUGCAAUGAAGGCCCUUCAAGCUCUUCAGAAUGAGCCUAUUCCAGAAAAAUUACCUCAGAAUGGAGAAACAGGAAAAGAAUCAGAAGAAGAUAAAGAUGCAAACAAAUCUGAGAUCAGUGUAGUGUUUGAAAUUGCUUUGAAGCGCAAUAUACCUGUCACUUUUGAGGUGAUUAAAGAAAGUGGACCUCCUCACAUGAAGAGCUUUGUUACUCGAGUUACAGUAGGAGAAUUCACUGCAGAAGGAGAAGGCAACAGUAAGAAACUCUCAAAGAAACGUGCUGCAAUGGCUGUCCUACAAGAACUUAAGAAACUUCCUCCUCUUCCUGUGAUUGAAAAGCCAAAACUUUACUUUAAAAAGCGUCCAAAAACAAUAUUGAAGACUGGACCAGAAUAUGGUCAAGGAAUGAAUCCCAUCAGUCGUUUGGCUCAGAUCCAGCAGGCCAAAAAGGAGAAGGAGCCAGAGUAUGUUCUUCUUUCAGAGAGAGGAAUGCCUCGCCGUCGAGAAUUUGUAAUGCAGGUAAAAGUAGGCAAUGACAUUACUACUGGAACAGGCCCAAACAAGAAAAUAGCUAAAAGAAAUGCAGCAGAAGCAAUGUUGCUACAGUUGGGAUACAAAGCCUCUACUCCUCUUCAAGACCAGACAGAAAAGCUUGGAGAAAACAAAAGUUGGAAUGGCCAAAAUGUUGGGUUUCCUGAGACAACAAGUAACACACCAAAGGGAAUACUCCAUCUCUCUCCUGAUGUAUAUCAAGAGAUGGAAGCAAGCCGCAACAAAUCAGCCCCUGGUACCACUGUAAGCUAUUUGUCAUCCAAAGAAAUGAGCCAGACUUCUAGCUCUUUCUUCAGCAUAUCUCCUACAACAAAUAGCACGGCCACGAUUGCCAGGGAACUUCUCAUGAAUGGAACGUCCCCAACUGCCGAAGCCAUAGGUCUAAAAGGAGUAUCUCCUGCUUCCCCCUGUUCUACAGUGCAGCCUUCAAAACAGCUGGAAUAUUUGGCAAGGAUUCAAGGCUUUCAGGUACACUACAGUGAUAGACAAAAUGGCAAAGAGUGUAUGACCUGUUUGACACUGUCUCCUGUGCAGAUGACUUUCCAAGGUAUCGGAAGCUCCAUUGAAGCCAGCCAUGACCAGGCAGCGUUAAGUGCCUUGAAACAGUUUUCAGAACAAGGACUGGAUCCAGUGGAAGGAGCUAUGAAAGUUGAGAACGGAUCACAUGAAAAACAAGUCAAGCAUCUGGGAGAGAAAGCAGACAAUAAACAGACUAACUCAGGCACCAUUGCUCAGGACUGCAAGGAUUCAAAGGCUGUCGUCUAGGAGCUUCCCAGCACCCACG